AUGGCGGCCGACAAACGAGAUAUCGACAACACCGAGCCAGCCCAGGUGUCCGGUACUGCAGACAGCGACUACGCAUCCGGUUCAUCGAUACCGGGACUGCGAUCAACAGCUCCGGUCCGGAGAGGCUAUGGGACCCUGGAUGUAUACCCUCCCGAUGCACCAUCCGAAGUGCAUGAAGAAGAAACUCAGGAAGAUUUUUCAAGCCACGCUUUUACCUCGUCGACGGCCACUGAACGGCCCAGAAAACCUUCCGUGACUCGUCGUAUGUCUUCGAAGCGUCAAGUGCCCCACAAGGGUCAGGAGUUCUCAACCGACGAUGAUGUCAAGGAGGUUGAGCAGGAUAUUGCCCUGCAGCAAGCGUCGACCACCCUUCCAUCGCCGAGGAUGCGUCCCUUGCGUGUGCAGAGCUCGACCCUAAGACGACGUCCUAGCGCCCGCCCCAGUCCGCUCACCAGAGGCGAGUCCGACAACUUAAGUAUCGACGAGGGCUUGCUGGACCCCCCUUUGGAGCCUAUAACAGUCAAGACGCCUUCUCUACGGCAGGAUGAUGGAGCUAGUGGAGGUGAAAGUGGCGAUGAGUCCCAACACACCGAGGAUGAGGGUGCAGCAAGUGACGCGGAGAGCUUUACGCUCAAAGACCGGCAGCAAGCCAUCAACGAAACACACCCGUUCGGUAUCAGGAUCUGGAAGCCGGCAUUGUACAAGAAGAGUCGCUCGGUGGAAAAGACUGCUGAGGGAGAUAUUCAUUCAUCACCUGGCGGACGUGUCAGCCCUAUCUUAUUUUUGACGAAUCUCCUCUGGUCUCUGCUCUUCGGAUGGUGGCUUGCGCUCGCUGCUUUACUGGCUGCGAUGGCGUGCUUCUUUUUCGCCUACUCAUCCAGCGCCGUAGCCUAUGGGCGAGUCUUUUCAGGACUCUCUCGCUACCUCUUUUACCCGUUUGGAUCCUUCGUUCUUCUAGAGACCGAUGAUCAUUACGCGGAAGAAGAUGAGGGAGAGGGACGCAGUAUUAGCGAGUAUGAGCAGUGGCAAAACGGGGACCUGGAGCAUGGACGGCUCUUCUUCGGACCUCGCAGGGAUCGAUCUCUUGUUGGACGGCGACGCAACAGCGUAGACUCCGCGGGCGAACGAGACAGCCUACUAGGCCGGCCCCAGCGAGGACAGGGCCAGGAUUCACAAUUUCCGCAAUCCAAGCGUCGCCUCUUUGGCCGCGGUGAAUGGACCCUCGGCCGCGUGGUGUUCUUUGCGUUUUUCUAUUUCCUGGUCGGUCCCUUGAUGCUCAUGGUGUCCGUGGUUUGCUGGCUUCUUGUUUUCUGGAUCCCCAUGGGCCGUGUCACGACUAUCCUAGUGAGCCAUCUUCGGCGUCAUCCACUUGCCUUGUCAUUUCAUUCCGACACAACCUAUGCACGACUCAGUACAGGCUCCUCGUCGUCUUCCUCCAUUCUCCUAUGCACUUAUCGAGCUGCCGGGACAAGAUACUGGAAAUACACCAUCGAUGGAACGAAUAUCUUCUUUAUCAACUUGCUUAGUGUUGUCGUUUUUGUCAUUGUCGACUAUCAUGUCCUGGCUGGGUUUUUGGGCGUGAACUCCUGGUUGACGCACCCCGGUCUCAUCUUCACCCUGGCGCUUUUCUCCAUCAUUCCUUUGGCUUAUUUCAUUGGCCAGGCUGUGGCUUCGAUCUCAGCCCAGUCAUCCAUGGGUUUAGGUGCCGCUAUCAACGCAUUCUUCUCCACCAUUGUCGAGGUUUAUCUCUAUUGUGUUGCUUUAACUGAGGGCAAAGCCCAGCUUGUCGAGGGCAGUAUCAUUGGCAGUAUUUUCGCCGGUAUUCUGUUCCUGCCUGGCUUGUCCAUGUGCUUUGGUGCCAUAAAACGCAAAACCCAACGGUUUAACGUGAAGUCUGCAGGCGUGACCUCGACAAUGCUUCUGUUUGCUAUGAUUGCAGCCUUUGGGCCCACUCUUUUCUACCAGGUUUUUGGCAGUGUCAGUCCUCCCUUUCAACUCAACAUCUUCUUGUCUCCAGAAGAAAAUGACUGCCGACAAUGUUAUUUCUCGCAAACUGCAGCUGUUCAGGAUGCAUUCUUUGAGAAAGCGGUUCAACCCUAUGCAUGGUUUUCUGCAGUCUUCUUGUUCCUGUCAUAUGUAAUCGGUCUUUGGUUCACCCUCAGAACCCAUGCUGCUUUGAUUUGGGCCACCGAAAACGAGGAGAAAAAGGCUGCUCAACAAGCCCAAGAGUCAUCAUUCACCUACGAACCAAGAAAUUUACUUUUCCCGAGUGGGGGCCCCGAAGCAUCAGGUGCUGUUGCCAGCCACAGAGACUCAAUUCGCGAUUCUCACCUUUACAAACGAAUUUUGGGCCAGUCGUUGAGGCAUGUUGGUUUGGACGAUAAUAGCGCAGGGAACUGGGAACAGUCUGAGAAUAUAUCGACGGCAGAGAGCCGGGGAAAUACCCCUCAUUUAGUCCCUCCCCGAUCUGGCGGCGAACAAAGUCAUCAUACCCCAAAGGCUAUCCGCGGCCUCACAGGGGAGGAUAAUGAACGCCUUGUCCGACAGGUCACCGAGGUCGCUGCAACUGCAGCCGCGGUUGCUGCUCGCGAUGCUACUCGAAACCGCAAGUUGAUGGUACCAUCCGCUUCGAGCCGUCAACCCGCUCGCACUCCUGUAGAGCAGGGUAAAUCUCCUGGCGAAGAGCCCGAGGACAUGGGUAUUACCGUUGAGCCGGCACAUGCUGGCGGCGGUCACGAUGCCCCCAACUGGAGCAAGGCGAAGAGCUCCAUCAUUCUUCUGGGUGCGACUGUUCUCUAUGCGAUUGUCGCAGAGAUUCUUGUUAACACGGUUGACGUGGUUCUGGAGAGCGUUGAUAUCGAUGAAAAGUUCCUUGGCAUCACUCUAUUUGCUUUGGUUCCCAAUACAACCGAGUUUCUGAACGCCAUUUCUUUCGCAAUGAAUGGCAACAUCGCCUUGUCGAUGGAAAUCGGCUCGGCAUAUGCGUUGCAAGUCUGUCUGUUGCAAGUGCCCGCUCUGGUUCUUUUCAGCGCCCUUUACACUCAGUCAAUCGACCCUGCUGAGCUCUCCAGCCACUCGUUCAAUCUGAUUUUCCCCCAGUGGGACAUGAUCACUGUCAUCCUCUGUGUUUUCUUAUUGUCGUACGUUUACGGCGAAGGCAAGAGUAACUACUUCAAGGGAUCAGUUCUGGUCUUGACAUAUCUGGUCGUUGUCCUUGGCUUUUACUUGUCAGGCUACAGUAACAUGGACACUCUGGGAGUGGAUCGGUUUGACACGCUCGCCCUCGGCACCCAUUCUGAGAAGUUCUACACCAUCGGCCGAACCCGUGGGGGAGUCGCUUAUUAA